AUGUAUUCUAUUUUUGUAUGUCUGUAUUUUAUUUUAAAUCUUGUUAAUAUAUCUUCUUCAACCACAAGAACAAUAAAAACAACAUUACCUCCUUUAGUUCAAUCAAAUCAUACGCCUUUAAUAACUCAUUUUCUUGUUUUUUCAUCAAAUUCAGAAACAGUUAUAAGAUUUGAACCAAAAAAUGGUUGGAUAUUAAAUGAUGAAAAAAAAAUUCGUCUUUAUUUAAGUGGGCUUAAUCUUCAAAAAAGUUCACUUGUUUUUUCAGCUUCAGUUAAUAAAUGCACUUUAAAUGAUUAUAUAUCACCUAUUUAUUCUUUGUCAUCAACAUCAAUUAUUGAGAUAGAUGUUGAACUUCAAAGUAUAUCAAAAUCUCAUUCACUGGUAUAUAUUUGUCUAUUAACAUCAUCGAAUACAUCAUUAUCUUUAUUAAAUAACAAUAAUAAUCAUAAUAAUGAAUUACAUAAUGUAGCACAAUUAGAAGGUGUUUAUUUUACUUUUGUAAGAGAAAAAAGUCGAUUACCAUUUUCAGCUAAAAUAUGUUUAAUUCUUAUGUUAUUUAUUGUGUCGGGUUUUUUCAGCGGUAUGAAUUUGGGUUUAAUGUCAAUGAGUGUUAAUGAUUUAUGUUUAAUAGCUGAAUCAGAAGAUACGGCACUUCGUUAUUAUGCUCGACGUGUUUUACCAUUAAGAAAACGUGGCAAUUAUUUAUUAUGUUCAAUUGUCUUAGCAAAUGUUUUGGUUAAUUCAUUAGGUACGGUUUUACUUGAUUCACUUGUACAUGGUUUAUUUGCUGUUAUUGUUUCAACAAUAAUGAUUGUUUUAAUGGGUGAAAUUAUUCCUCAAGCUAUUUGUUCUCGUUAUGGAUUAGUUAUUGGUGCACAUACACAUGUUAUAACAUGGAUAUCGAUGAUUAUAACUGGAAUUAUUUCAUAUCCAUUAGGUUUUAUUCUUGAUAAAAUACUUGGACAAGAAGUUACUGCAUCCUAUACACGUGAUCAAAUAGCUGUAAUGUUGACACGAAUUAAUGCAGAUAUUGAAAAACCAGAACUGGACGUUAUUACAGGUGUACUUUCAUUACGCAAGAAAACUGCUAAAGAAGCUAUGACAUGGUUACCAGAUGUGUUCAUGCUUGAUAAAGAUCGUAAAACAGAUGCUGAAUUAUUACUUGAAGUUCAUAAACACGGUUUUUCACGUAUUCCGGUUUAUUCAUAUGAUAAAUCAAAUGUUAUUGGUAUCGUUAAAUUACGAGAUUUUGCAUUGAUUACUCCUGAACAAUAUCAUUUAACAGUUAAACAUCUAAUGGAAUUUCAUACUCAUCCAUUUGGUUAUGCAAAAACAACAGAUUCAUUAUAUCAUUUAAUGCAAGAAUUUCUUGAAUCUCGAUGGCAUAUUGCUCUUGUACAAGAAUUGCGUAAUGAAGAAGAUAAUCUUGAUCCCGUGUAUGCAACUGUUGGUGUUAUUACACUUGAAGAUGUGAUUGAAGAAAUGCUUCAACGAGAAAUUAUUGAAGAAGCUGAUUUCUUUACUGAUAAUCGUCGUAAAAUCCAACGCAAAAGAGCAAAAACAAUGGAUUAUACUGCAUUAGUCAAACGACCUGUUAAAGAUGUUCAACAAUUUACAUCAGGUUUUAUUUCUCAAGAAAUUUUAAAAGUUCUUCUUAAUCAUAAUAUAUAUGCCAUGAUAAAAAAUCAAGCUAAUCAAAAAACAAAUUCAAUUUAUUUAUAUAAAAAAGGUUUUCGUUAUGAAUUAUUUACAUUAGUUAUGCAAGGAAAUGCAAUAUUAGAAUCUGGUGUUGAACAUAUAAUGUCAACAGUUGGAUCAUUUUGUUGUUUUGCUGCAUCAGCAUUACUUGCAGAGAAAAAAACUGUAAAAGAUGUUCAUCAAUUUCUUGAUAAUUUAUUUACAAUAAAUUCAAAAACUAAUAAUACAACAAAUUUACUUGAUGAAAUUUCAUCAAUAUUUAUUCCAGAUUAUAAUUUAAUUGUUAAUAGUGAAUUACAUGUUUUACAAAUUCAUCGCCUUGUUUGGUUAGCUGCUGUGCGUGCAACACAACGACAACGUAGUAAUGAUCCCUAUUAUAGACGUAUGCAUCCUGAACAAUUAUUAUCAAAUUCACUUGAUGAAAUUUCAUCGAUAACUAAUAUACCAAUUGAUAAAACAAAUUUAACAAAUUUUCAACGUAUAUUUCGUAAUGAAAAAGAUUUAACACGAACAGCAAAUGGCAUUGGACAUAGAAAUACUCAAACAUCAUCAUCAGUUUUUGAAGCUAUUCAUUCACUAGGAACAGGUGAUACAAUAAAUACAAUUGAAAUCAACCCAGACCAAAUCAUUCAUGCUAAUGGGCAUAUUUCAUUUGAACAACAAACACCAUCAUCAAAAACAAUUAUUUAUAAUCCACUCUUAUUAAGUAUACCGAGUUGUGAUGAAACAGUCGGAAAUGGAAUUUGUAAUGGAAAUUAUCAUAAUUUAACUAAUUCAAAGGAUACUGGGUUUAAUUCAAGCAUGCAUAUUGAUAGAAUGUUUGAUGAUGCAGAAGAUCAUACAAAAGAUGAUGAACAUGAACAAAGACAGAAACAUUUAAUUGAUGAAAUUCGUCAUACAAAUAGUACGUCAGAUAUUUUGAAUCAAACAACAACAUUUCAUCAGCUUUCACAAGCUCAUUCAGAUACAAAUCUUCAAAUAAAUCUUUCAUCUCUUUCUCAAAAUGAAAUUUUCAAUAAAAGCUAUAAUGAUGCUAUAAAAACAAUUAAUGAAACAAAAUAA